AUGUCUUCUAAAAAAAUUGUUCAAGAGGGCGAUACCGUCAUUCUUAAAAAGGAUUCAGAUUCUAAAGUUAUAAAAAUCAUUAGCAACAAAGCGUGUGGAAAAGAUGAUGUCAUCGCCAACGACAACAGAAACCUAAUUGAUGAUAAAACCAACCAGAAACUAACCAAAGAAGAAAUUCAAGAGAUGAGGAAAACUGGGAUAGGAGGGGAGGCCAUAGUCGACAACCUGAUCGUAAACAGUUCCACCUUUUCGAAGAAAACUGACUUCUCAAAACAGAAAUAUGUAAACAAGAAAAGCAAAAAACAUGUUACUGUGUUCACCUUGUUGGAGUGCAACACACGAAACUUGUUGGAGAUGUAUCAUAGCAAGGGCCCCACCAAGAUCUGCAAUCUUCGAAUGGACUCUCUGGCUCAGAUAUUAUGCCAUGCAAACAUUCAUCAUGGUGGCCGUUACUUGGUGGUGGAUGGUUGUCUCGGCCUGGUUCUCGGCUCCAUCAUUGAAAGACUGAAUGGUAGUGGCCUUGUAAUGAAUUUGUACACUGGAUCAGCUCCAAGCAGACCAGCCAUACACCUGAGUUACCAGUUUGUUGAAGAACAGUUAAAAGUACUGCACGACUUUCCUCUCAUCAAUGUUGCCAUGUUGAAGCCACAUGUCAACGAACGUCUUGGUAGCGAUGGUCUCUAUCAAAACAACAACGUAACGAGCAACAACAACAACCUAACAAACAACAACGACAAAGAAAGCGUUUGUGAUGAAAGAGUUAAUGUUGAUAAAAAUUCUUUAAUUAAUUCUAUUUCUGAAACGAAUGAAGAAGAAGCAGGUGAUGACGACGAUGACAUUGACGACAAUAUUGCUAACGACGAUGAUGACGAUGUCGUCAGAGAGGGUAAACACAAGAUGUCUAAACCCAGAUUAGAUAGGGAAGAGCGAGACAGAAGAAGGAAGGAGAGGCGGGAAAAGAUUGGGAGAGUGAAGUUGAUCAUUGAGGAGAAUUCAUUUGAUGGUCUGAUAAUAGCGACAAGAAUGCACACGACGCCACUGCUCAGGCAUCUCUUACGUCACCUCAGCAGCUCCAGACCGUUUGUCGUCUUCUCCCCCUACAAAGAGGUGUUGAUGGACAGUUACAUGUUUCUGAAAGACAGCAAUCAAGUUGUGCUGCUUAAGAUGUUUGAAACAUGGCUCAGGAACUAUCAGAUCCUGCCGGAAAGGAGCCAUCCACAUGUAAACAUGAGUGGGUCGGGUGGAUAUCUGCUUACCGGCUUUACUGUACACGACUGA